AUGCAACACAGCUACCAGAGGUACAUUUUGGAUAGUACAUUAGGAGUGAUUACUUCCCCAAACUCUAAUGUUGUUUUCAGCCAUGAUGCUACUCUUGCCAUAUCUGGAGCGUUAGAGGAGCUGUCUGUUUGGAAUAUUAAAUUGGGUACGAAGGUGAGAGUGUGUGGGUUACGUGAUGGGACAGCAGAGAUCUCUAAAAUUUGUCGAAGCCCGAAGAAGAAUCUUAUUGCCGUUGGCUACACUGAUGGUACAAUUCGCCUUUGGGACAUUGAGAAGCGAGAACUAAAAUUAAAACUCAAGGGUCACAAGAAAGCCGUUAGUUGUCUCGCUUUCAACACGGAGGGCAAUUUUCUAGCAUCUGGUUCAAAUGACUGCACUAUCGUAAUAUGGGACCUAAUUUCAGAAAACGGAAUUUGUCGUUUGAAGGGUCAUCGCGACAUGGUAACCAGUAUUACGUUUCUCGAAGAAUACAAUAUGCUAAUUUCCGCCUCUAAAGAUACACUACUCAAGGUGUGGUCGAUCGACGGUCAGUAUUGUAUCGAUACCUACAUCGGCCAUCGAACCGAGAUUUGGAGUAUGGUUUUGUUCACACAGUCUGGAUACAAGGACAAGCCAGACGAAGAGGGUCUGACCAAAUACAACCUGCUUACCGGAAGCAGCGAUCAAAGUCUGCGUCUGUUUAGCAUCUAUAAAGAUCCGCGUGUCUUUAGCACAGAAGCAGAUGAAGAUGGAAAGGAAGUGGGAGGAUCUGAACACGUUCUGGAGUACCGUGGGUGUGUGACUGUGUCCCAGAGCGGGAGAACGGGCCAACUUCUGAUGGAUAGCACGCAGAGCCUUGUUGGGUAUUUCAACGUGAAUAAAGUGUUCAUGCUCUAUCGCGUUCGGUCCUUUGCUGACAGUAUAAAACGAAUGAAACGUCGAAUUCGUCGUCGCAAGGAAAAGGGAGGAGUGGCGAAGGCGAGUGUUCAAUGCAGCGAUGCGAUGGAGCUGGUUUCCACGGUCAAGACCACGCACAAGCUGACAUCUUUUGACUUUGGUCGUCAGUUAAAGGAGAGCGACGAGGUCGAGGUGCUCUUCGGCAUGAACAACAACUCGAUGCAGCUCUAUCGCCUGAGUCGCAACAAUUCGCAAGCAACAAAGGACGAAGAGGGCAGGAGCAUGGAGAAUACCGGUUCCUACGAAAAGGUACUGUCGAUCGCACUAGCGGGCCAUCGCAGCGACGUCCGCGCGCUGGCGCUCACCUCUACGGAUGAUCUUAUACUCUCUGUAGGCCAGAAGGACGCCAAGGUUUGGAGUGUACGUUCGUUGGAGUGUGUUCGCAGCAUUGAUGUCGUCAAUGGACUUUGCUGCUGUAUUCUUCCAGGUGACAAGCACGCGGUGAUCGGAACGAAGGACGGAAAGCUGGUGCUGGUGGAUCUGAAUACGGGAGACGUCAUGCAGACCGUUCAGGCUCACAAGGGAAGCAUCUGGAGUGUGGAUGUUCGUCAGGACAGCAAGGGAAUGAUGUCCGGCGGUGCGGACCAUAAUAUUUGCUUCUGGGAGAUAUCCUUUUGGUUGUCGAUUCUUUUGACGGUCGAUCCCACGACAAAGCGGCGAAUGCUGCAGAUUAUCGCAACGCGCACGCUGAAGAUGUCUCAUGACAUUCUGUGCGUGAAGUACAGCAACACGAAAGACCCUUCAAAGCUUUUGGUUGCUGUAUCGCUCCUCGACAAUACCGUGAAAAUCUUUUUCGAAGAUACUCUCCGUUUCUUCCUCUCUUUGUACGGCCACAAGCUCCCCGUGCUCUCUCUCUCCAUCAGUUCAGACAACAAGCUUAUUGUGACGGCAAGCGCGGACAAGAAUAUCAAGAUCUGGGGACUGGACUUUGGCGAUUGCCACAAAUCCUUCUUUGCCCAUGCGGAUAGUGUGAUGAGUGUCGGCUUUGUCAAUAACACUCACUAUGUUUUCUCCUGCGGGAAGGACGGAGUGCUAAAGUUCUGGGAUGCGGAUCGGUUUGAGAUGAUCACGCAGACAAACGCGCACUACGGCGAGGCGUGGUGUCUGGUCGUAUCGCAUCUUGGAGACUUCGUGGUGACCGCUGGCCACGAUCGCGCGAUUCGCGUCUUUUUACGGUCGAACGAGCCUGUUAUUUUGGAAGAGGAGCGAGAACGGGAGAUGGACGAGCAGCUCGACCAGACCAUGGAUGUCGAUGGUGAGCGUGCCUUGGGAAUGGAAGAAGAGACAGCGAUGCCGAAUGAGGAUAAGCAAGCUGUCGGCGAAGCGCAGGCACACGAAGUGACCCUGGACAAGGACGCCAGCGAUAAGGUGAGCUCCGUGCACAGCAGUAGCAUGCGAAGCGCGGAUUACUUAAUCUCCACUUUGGAGCGCGCAGAGAAUCAGCGAAAGAAGGUGAAGGAGUGGGAAGAGGAGUGCGAGUAUAUGAAGUCGCUGCUAACAGAGGAGGAAUACAACCAACGCACGGAGAAUGGAGCCAAGCCUUUGAUGGCUCCUCCUGAAAAGGACAUUAUGAUGAUGGGCAUGUCUCCGUUAGAGUUCGUCGCUACAACGAUAAGCAACAUUCCUCGCCCGGAGUUCGAGUCUACGCUCUUGGUAUUACCCUUCGAGAAUGUGUGCCAGCUGGUGGAGUAUUUCAAGGACAUGCUAGAGACGAACCAGCAGGUGGAGCUGUGUGUGCGAUCGCUGCUCUUCUUGCUGAAGCUCUAUGAAGUAGGGUUUGAAGGGACAUGUAAUGGGCAGCAACAAUUGGAAGCGUCGACCCAACUUCGAAGUACCCUGGUCGUUCUCAAGUCUCUGAUGAGAGAAAAGCUAUUCGAAACUCGCGUAAGUGGUUGGGUUGGCUUGAAAUGGAAGGGCUAUAUUGGAGUGAACCAGGCUGCUCUCCGUCUUUUAAAAAGGAAGUUAGACGAGAAGAAUGAAGUGUUUGGAGAGGAAAAGAGAUCUAAAAUCCUUUGUUCUUUUUGUUUUACAAAAAUCGUGCCUAUUUCAUUUUAA